UCCCAAUAGUCAUAUCAUAUUGUUUCGCGCCUUUAAGUGAUCAAGAUCCUAUUAUACCCGCGAUUACGUAACAUUUUUCUUGAACAGGAAAAAUAUUCAGUUGCAGCGGAACGCGACGACGGUAUCCUGAUUGCAAAGUGUAGAACUUUUCGGAUAAAAACAACUACUCAUCAUGAAGUUUGUGAUCGUGCUUGUGCUUGUCAUAGCUACUGCGUCAGCGCAAAUUCGCCCGCUUUCGGUUCCUAUUAGGCCUGUCCCCUACGCUAGCCCGGAAGCUAGUGCCGUUAUUCUCAACCAAGUGUACGAACCAAACCCGGACGGUUCGUACAUCUAUAGCUACGAAACAAGUAAUGGAAUUCGUGCUGAGCAGCGUGGCUUCCUGAAGAAUCCAGGAACCCCUGGGGAAGCGCAGGUGAUGCAGGGAUCGUACGCAUACACCGGCCCGGACGGUGUGGUUUACACCAUCACCUACAUCGCCGACGAGAACGGGUACCGUGCGGAGGGUGCUCACAUUCCAUCUGCCCCGCGGUACAACCCGCGAUUCCCCGGCGCAUUCAAGUAAAAGGGACAUCAGUAGCGACCUUCCGUUUGCCAGUUACCGUAGUUAUGAUAUUUAUUGCAAAGUUCAACUAAGCCCAGCAAAAGUUCAAAUUGCUCUCUACUCAAGCUUGUGAAAACGGCUCCAAUGCAUACUCACAUCCGCGACGCUUCAGUUCAUACUCAUCAUCUGUCGGCUUGUGACUAGUACUGUGAUUAUCAAAUCUUUUCUAUCUCGCUGUAAUAUUUCACUCAUCCCACUGCCUGCCUAUGGGAAAAUAACUUGCCUGCAGUGUUUUUUUUUCUCGUUUAUUUUCCGGAAUAAUCAGAUGAUUGUUGGCGACGCAAUGUAGAAUCGUGGAGAUGUGACCAGAAAUCGAAUUGUACGAUCAUCUUUUCUUUUUCCUCUAAAUUUAUGUUUAGCUUGCCCAUUUCAAUUUGUCUAUUCUUUCGUGUGUACAGUUAAUUAAAGUAGCACAUUUCUUAUGAUAAUUGUAAUUAUACUUCAUAAAAUAAUUAUAUAUAAAUAUUGUAAAAAAAAACCUUGUACAACAAUUAUGUCAAUUAUGUGUAAACCGUACUCGAAGAGUUUGAAAUAAACAGUCUGCAAUCGCCCGAAAAGAAGCGGCGCCAUUCAUAGAAAA